CUGAAUGACACGAGCAGUCAUCAGAAUGCUGAUGAAGAAACCUGAUACUGCAACUUAUAAAACGAACUCUUAUCCAUCAAAGUAUCGCCAAUAGGACUUUUGAUCGCCUUAGCAACAAGCAUGGGAAUGUAAUAAAUAAUCAGUGUUUAAAACAAACUUUAUUUAACAUCAAUAUAGCGAGAUUUCAGAAACAAGGUAGACCUAGUGAAGCAGAUAAUAAAAAGAAACAAAUUCUAUUGAAUAAAUCAAACACUGAAUGGAAAGAUGGAUUAACAAAUAGGGUGCUGAAUAAUAAAUUUCCAUCGUGCAAUUCAUUCAAAUUAGCCGUGAAUCUAUUAAGUAUAAAUAAUGAAAUCGUAACAAAGGUUGGUGGCAAUAGUGGAGGAUUGAAUGAUUAUCAGGAGACAAUGGGGAAUAAACACUCGGGGAAGGUUAGUUCAGAGGAGAGUUUACAGGAAAUAAAAGCUUCUAACUUAUAUGUUACGAGGAGCUCAGAGAAUGCACAUAGUGAUGAAGAAACUACUAUGAAUAACAAUAUGUCAACAAGAUUAGAAGAGAACUUGAAUGAUGAAAUAGACAAUUUGGUUGUUACAUCUCCUGAUUUGAAUGAAGAUCAGCAUGUGGAAGCAAGCAGAAAUGUAAAGCUUACAUAUUUAACUAACAAUGUUGCUGAUGCUGUGUAUUCUAAUUCAAGGAGCAUUUCUGAAGCAUCAUUUAAAACUGUUCAAUUCGGGUCUGCACAGUCUUUAAAAUUGGAUAGACAAGAUGAAAGCAAAUUUGAUGAUCAUAACAAUUCACCUAAAACAAAUAAUUCGACCGAUUCGGCCUACAACUCUUAUGCAAUUCAAAGUAAAAAAAAUUCACCAACCGGAUCGAUCAUUUAUGCAAAUCCAAGUUCAUUGGAUGGUGCGAAACAAGGAAGUAAUGAUUAUAUGCAUAAUACAGUGGUUGGAACAAAAGAAAAGAUGGGGACUCCAAUUAGGAAAUCAAAUGAUUAUUAUAGGAGGCCUAUUAUAAAUCCCUUACCAAUAGAGUGCGACUCUGACAAUUUAUCAUUAAAGAGUGAUCUCUGUGGGUUACAGUCUUUCAAUUCAAUUAGCGUCAAUGAUGAAACAGCUGAGAAUAAUAGUAGUGCAAUAUUGCCACAAGUCCUGGGAAACAAUGUGAUUGAUUGUCAAUAUGAUGUUGAUCAAACAGGAUAUUUACAAUCGGAUCAUGCAGUAAGCACGAAUCAUAAAGUUGUUUGUGAAGGAACGGAGAGUUCACACUCUAACUGUGAGACCAAUGAAAGUUCAAACAUGGGGAUUAAUACUUCAUCCAGUCGUGUUAUGUCUCGACCACCAACUGGACAAUCUGGAGCUAUAGAUAUUGUUGAGGAACAAACUGUCUCUCCAAAGAAAAGACGGCUUAGUCUUAAAAGGAAAAAUUCUCAGAGUAAACUUCACAAUGAAAAUAAACCCGAAGAUAGGACUAAUCUGUCGGAUCCGGAUAUUUCGUUGGAUAAAGAGCCUGAUCAUGAUAGGGACAAACCAUCAGUGAGCAUUGAAGACUCUACAGCUAGUUUAAGAAGCAGAAGUAAUUCAUCUCCUCAUGCAAAAUAUGCUUUAUUAAGUUCCAACAGCUCACAUGGUAGCUCCAGUAGAACACCAGUGACCCCAUCUCAGGUCCAAGUAGAUGAUAAUGCUGACAAUAAUGAGAUUGAAAGCCUGAUCAGUGAGGAAUUGAAUAAACCGACUAAUGGCACAGAAACCAACAGUAUGACUGAAAGUUAUUCAUCUGUGAAUACUGUAGAGGAGCCACAGAAAUUAGAAGACAUGGAUUUUCUUAGCUUAUUGAGGCAUUUAAGAAAAGACACAGCUCCAUAUGCUCCAAAGGACUAUAAACCACCGAUAGAACUUUGCAAGAAAAAGAAGAAAAAGAAAGUUGUUGUGUCAACUUAAACAAGUUUGAACUUUAUUACGUUGUUGGGACGCUGUUGUACGCUGAUUUGAAGAGUGCUGCAUUGAUCUAUUGAUUGUAUAUAUCUAUAUAUAUCCUAUUUUUAUUAUUUUGUGAUGCAAAGAAGAAAAGAUUAAAGAUCUGAUGCUGAUUCAUUUUAGAAUAGUCAAUACUGUUGGGGCAUUGUGAUUACAUUUUCCAAAAUUCAAUUCAUGUUUCAUGUAAAAUUGUUAAUAUGUUUUUUUUAUUCAGAACAACAACUAACUAUAGUGCUUUAAGUGAUUUUUCUGCAUGCAACAUUCUUUUACAAAAUUCAAUAUUAACUAUGAUAUGUUAAUGAGGAAAUGACAUUGAUUUUAUUUGUCUGUUAUAAGUGUCAUUGUUGUCCGCAUUAAGUGAGGAAGUCGGCAUAACAAUAGAGUGUGGAAUCCACCCAUAUGGCUAUUUUACCCUUUAUUAUUUAUAUUGAAUAAAACAGACGUGUCUUUAUAUUCUUCAUUCACCAGUUUUCAUUUUGGCAGUGAUAGCCAACAUGCAGCCAUUGUGCAUUUUUGAUGAAAUUUGAAUAUAGGCUUGAGCUAUAAUUAAUUUGUUGCAAUAUAUGUAAAAAUGCACAAUUUAUCUAAUUUAGAAUUGAUUUAAAAACAAAAAUAAAAUUUAUUUUUGCAUAAUAUGAUAAUAUUGAAAUGUUUGUUAUCUUAUGUUAUUGAUUAACAUGUAUACUUUUUAUUAUAUACUCAGUGAAAAUCCUGAUUAUAUUUUGAAUGUUGUCGUUAUGAUUUGUAUAAAGGAAGAAAAAUAUCAAGAAAAACUUUGGUCAUCAGACAUUCAAAUAUGUUUGAUAAUUGUGAUAGAUCAGGGACUAAUCAGGUACUAAUAUAUAGUUAACUUUUUGAUUUGGAAAUCUUCCUUGAUGCAUGAAAACUGGAAAAUGGGAAUUAUCUUUUUCUGAUGACUCAUAGAGUCAAUAACAUCGGAAAAACAUUUUUCACCCUGUGGUAAAAUUGUGUCUACAUGAAUCCCAAAAAAUUCUAUUAAACAAUAAAAUUGUCUGUUUAUUAGUAAUUACUUUUCCGAGGACAUGCAUCAAAGCCUUAGGAGUAAAUCCAUAUGUUUUUUCUAGUUAGGGUACUCAAAAAAUCUAUUAACCAUAUAAACUAAUGUAGUGUAUGCUAUUCGUCCCCAGGCUUUUUCUGAAAGCAUUUUCA